UUCUGAAGUUUUGUGGCGCGUUGAACAGCAUAUAUGAAACAAUGGAAUACACAGYAGAACAGCUGAACUUCUUUAGACUGUGUUACAUCCUCUUCGAAAUAGUACCUGAAGGUCUACGAACCAUUUUUAAACAAGAAUGGGAUGCUUCAUACAAGAUUAAACAUGGUCAGUGGGGUGACACACCUGCUAGUUAUACCGCCUUUGAGAACAUGGAGUCAGUACGAAAUCGGUUAAGAAACAAACGACUUCUUGGGUUGAUGUCCAGUGGAGACAGAAAGGAAUGGGACUGCACUUGCCUAUUUUAUGCCAUUCUUUACUCCGACAGUGUGGGACGAAAGUUAACAAGUGUGGUCAAAAAAAGCGUUGAUGAAAUUCGGGAGAUUCGCAAUGAUUUGGUACAUAACACAACGGGAAAGAUAAGUGAAACUGAGUUUCAAACGUAUACACAAAAGAUUAAAAAAGCUUUGUCAUCUUUAAAGCUUGAUAUCACAAAGAUUGAUGAAAUUGAAAACCAGAAACAUUUUCCUACGGAAGAACUCACCAAAAUUCAGGAAGAACUGCAGAAAACUAGAGAGGAACUGAAGAAGGUAGAAAUAGAGCUGGAAGAUGAAAAGAAACGAAACGCAGCACCAAACUCUUUUUGYGUGYUGYCUMCAGRUCCUUCGCACGACACAGUAGAUCGAGAGAAAGAGGUUGACAAGAUAUACGAAGCGAUGCAAACACUAUCAAAGAAAAACGGAAAGACCACCCUAGUUUACUUGUCUGGCAAUCCAGGUUCUGGAAAAAGCGUGAUGGCAAAGUAUAUUGGAGAGAAGUGCUACGAUCAAGAUGACUCAACGGAGACGUUAAAAUUUGUGAUGACGCUUGAUGCUUCUAACUUGGACACUUUACUAAAUUCAUACAUGGUGUUUGCAGAGAAACUGAACUGUUAUCCUGAUUCCAUUACGAGUAUUACUACAUCAAAAGAUCUUACCAAAGAAGAGCAAAUCCUUCAACUAAAGGCUCUUACCGGAAAACAAGUGGACAAGUAUUCGGCGUGGUGGAUAAUUGCAGACAAUGUAACGGAUAUAAAGAUGUUCUCCAAAUACUGGCCACAAGGCGGAGGAAAAACAUGUGGCGAGGGUCAGGUUCUUGUCACCACCCAAGAUAGUUCCUCCAUUGGUGUUACCCUGGGCUUGCACUAUCAUCAUGUCUCAAUCAGUUCUGGUAUGGUAGAAGAGGAUGCCCUUGAAUUACUUUCCAAAGUAUCCGGUUAUACAAAUGCAGAAAACGACGUGAUGCUGAAAGUAUGCAAAGCUUUAGAUUUCCAACCUCUUGCUUUAUCUUCGACUGCCGUUUACGUACGUAGUGUCCGCAAUAUCAACGAACAAUAUACUUGGCUUGAAUGCCUGAAUGACUUGCACAGGGAGCGCGAAAAGCUAGAAAAAGUUUACGAGAAAACAAGUUUGGCGUACAAAACAACAAUGACUGCUGCAGUGAAUCUAGCCCUCAAAAGAGAGAUUAGUGAAGAGAUUAUGCUGCAUACUUUUCGAUUCCUAUCUGUGAUCGCAUCAGAGCCAAUCCCUUUAAAGUAUAUUGUGGAGUAUGUUGCUAAAGUCAUGCCUGACGAAGACAAAAAUACAGUUGCUGUGAGAAUUUGUUCGUCGUCCUUAGUACGAGUCCAAGGAGCCAAGGAAAUAAGUAUUCAUCAAGUGGUUUUUUACUGUUUGCAAAAUAAAGAUAUCACAGAAAAUACAGUGGACAUUUUUUUUGUAAUUUCAGCAUUCUCUCUGAUUCCUGUCAUAGAUGAUAAAUUUCUAGCCGAUGGUUUGGCCAUUACAAGACCCUUGGUAAAUCACUUGGUAAAGCUUGCAGGGCAAGUAAACAAGUACGCCAUAAUCAAAGAGUCCACAAGCGGAGGCUUGCUAGAUGAUAGUUUUUGCGGUGUUCUUGACCAUUUGUCAACAGUCUUAUUCAAACACUYUAUUUUCGAGAGCGCGCGAGAUUUUCUAAAUCUCGUUUUAGCAUUACAAUUGUCAAGUUUUGAAUUGUCAAAAACAAGAGAAUUGUUGAAAGCUUUAAAGGAGAGCAACCACAUCGAUUAUAUCUCAAAUGUAAACAUAAAUGCCAUACUUCCAUCUGUGGGUGAUACCAUGAACGACUUAGGCAUGGCUUAUCAGGAACUAGAGCGACAUCAUGAAUCCAAAACAUAUUACGAAAAAGCACUUGCCAUCAAAACGGCUGCUCACAGUGAAAACCAUCCAUCGCUGGGUAUCACCAUGGGCAACUUAGGCAGUGCAUACCAGAAACUAGGGCGACUAGAGGAAGCAAGAAUUUAUCACGAAAAAGCACUUGCCAUCGCAACAGACGCAAACGAUGAAAACAAGUCAUUGGUGGCUGACAUUAUGGUCAAUUUAGGCAAUACAUAUCGGGAACUAGGACGACUGCAGGAAUCCAUGGAGUAUUGUGAAAAUGGCCUUGGUAUCAAAAUGGCCGUUUACGGUGAAAACGAUCCACAGGUGAUUGUUAACUUGAACAACUUAGGUUUAACAUAUCGGAAACUAGGAUGGCUAAAAGAAUCAUUACAAUGUCAUGAAAACGCCCUUGCCAUCACAACGGCUACGUACAGUGAAAUCCAUCCAUUGGGUGCUAACACUAUGAACAACUUAGGUGCCAUAUAUCAGAAACUAGGGCGACUGCAGGAAGCAAAAGAAAUUUACGAAAAAGCCAUCCACAUCCACACUGCCGUGUACGGUAAAAACAAUCGAUUCGCUGCUGCGCCCAUGUGCAACUUAGGUACUGCAUAUGAGGAACUUGGGCAACUGCAGGAAUCAAUAAAAUGUUACAAAAGUGCAUUCGCUAUUUCAACAACCGCGUACGGUGACAACCAUCCAGAUGUGGCUAAGAUCACGUGCGGUUUAGGCUCUGCAUAUCAAAAAUUAGGACAACUGCAGGAAUCAAUAGAAUGUUACGAAAAAGCCCUUGCCAUCUUCACAGGUUUGUACGGUGAAAACCAUCCAUCGGUGGGUCUUACCAUGAGCAAAUUUGCCAGUGUAUAUCAGAAACAAGGGAAACUGCAGAAAUCAAUGGAAUGUUACAAAACAUUCCUCGAUAUUUACACAACCGUGUGGGGAGAAAACCAUCCAUUUGUGGCUGAGCCCAUGAACAACUUAGGCACUGCAUAUAGGGAACUAGGGCGACUGCAGGAAUCAAUAACAUGUCACGAAAAGGCACUCACUAUUUCCACGUUGCAGGCUGUACACAAUCCAUUGCAUGUGGCUGACAUCUUGUACAAUUUAGGCAAUACUUAUCAAGAAUCAGGGCGACUCCAGGAAUCAAUAGUAUGUAACGAAAAGGCCCUUGCCAUCUACACACGUUUGUUCGGUGAAAACCAUACAUCAGUGAACGUUGCCAAGAAAAACUUAGCCGCUAAAUACGAGGAACGAGGGAGAGCGUUUGUCAGUAGCACAUUAAGAAAGAGCCGUUGACAAUACAACUGUCGUGUACGGUGAAAAGCAUCUAUAUGCAGUUGAUAAUGAACAACAUAGGCAAUACAAGCCAGGGACUAGUCAGGAAUCAAUGGCGGGGUUAUUCCGUGCUAGACGCUUAUACUGUAGAUGGAAAUGUGCAAUAUGCAACCAUACGAAUGUAAAUAAGAAUUACUGGAAUGUGCAUGAUUUGUAUUCUGAAAUCAGUAGGAUAGUGUAUGCAAUAAACACUGUCAGGUCAUUUUGYAUUAGAAUCAUGAUUAUAAGAAACAUUUUUGAUAGGCCGAUAAAGGAAAAUAACGCAAUAAAAUGUAUAUAGACGAGUCGAUUUUAUUUAGUUAAGAUAAAAUGGAUUGAAUCAAUUCUUCUGAUAUAGAUAUACGAUGCUCUGACAACAAAAGGCACAAUUCUACUACUGUGGGAAGUAACUAUCUUUCUUGACAAAUACUUGAAACACUAGAUGUUUGAAAAUUACGAAAAUACGCUUGCUGGAGAGUUCGCGCGCGGUGACGCUCGAAGUAUUUAUCUUCGAUUUAGUCGUCGAAUAUUCUAUUUUCGAAUUCAAAGCGAUAUAACCGCUGUUUUAUUUGACAACAGAUUCUCUUGCCGAGAGACUUUACAAAACGCAAUUUUAAGAAAUUGGAUGGGUGAGGCUCGGCACCAGUUUGUCUCGUUCAUGAUAAAUUAAUGCAGGAAGACCAAGGAGAGAAAAAACCCGUAGUAGCCUUCGAGGGGUAGAGAAUGUAUAGAUGCUCAUAUUUUCYGAGCCACAAGAGACGAGCAAUACACGAUUUACAAAGUCGUUACUUCCCAAUCCUUCUCCGUUACAUUCCCCUGAAGUGGACCAAUUGAAUUGUGAGUUCAUUACAAACACUGGAAAAAAUCGCGCUGUAUGUAGAUUUUAUGUAAAUGACUUCCAUUAAUUACAGAAUUUUGGACACUUACGUCAUAUUAAAGGGAUACUGUCAAUAUGGAUGACAUGCGCAGUAACAGUCUCGCC